AUGCUCCUCAUCGCCCUCCUAGCGUUCGCCGUCGUGCGCGCACAGGCACCCACACCCAUCUCGGCCCUUUCUGUCUCUUCCUCUCAACCUUCCUCCCCACCUUUCCCCAUCCUCACAUCAACCAUCUCCUCCGCGGUCUCUAGGCCUCCCACUUCAGCGCCAGUCUCGGCCUCGGUCUCAUUGUCGAGCGCGUCAGUUCUCCCCUCCAUCACCUCCGUCAAACCCAUCGUGACGAUAACAAUAUCGGGCGCGAGCAUCCAGACCAGUCCCCCCAACUCCAGCUCUAGCUCAGAGAUGAAGGGAGGCUCAAUCGCGGCCAUAGUCCUCGGUAUCAUCUGUGCCCUCGAGGCUAUUGUCAUUGUUAUCCUCGCCCUCCGCACGCGCAACCUCGCUCGCCGCUCGGCCCACCUCGCCAUGACCCUCCGCGACCGUCCCCCGCCCGCUCCACCUAUCAUGACUCCCAUGGCCGUCCCGCUCAUGAAGCCCAUGAACGUCGUGCACCACGUCGCGCCGCCCACGACUAUCGUGCGCAAGGUCAGUCGCAAGGCACCGCCGAAGUAUGACGACGACGACAAGAAGGAAGUGGUGUGA